CCGAAGUGUCAAAUUUCUAGGUUAGGUGCCAUGUGGUAAACAAUAAUCGAAAAAUGCAAUUAACGAAUAAAAUGUCUUUCGAUCAAAGAAAAGUUGAGGCAAUCUUGAAAACUGAGAAUAAAUUUAUUUCAGAUUUAUUUUCCAUUUUGUCGUUGCCCUCUCAUAAUACUGAAGCGAGUGAAGAUGAGUCGGAUCAACCCAACCAAACGUCGCAUAAUAGGCCUUUAAAAAAAACUGAAAAAACUCGUGCAAAGUCUUUGAGUGAGUUACAAGACCGACUCCACGCGAUAACAAGUAAGAAAAAACUAACAUAUAAAGAUAAAUUGACCAAAAAGAGUCUAAAAAAUCGUAUGAAAAAGAAAACUAAACAAGACGAAAGAAACGCACAACAGAAACUUUUGCGUGCGCAAAAGACUGAAAAAAGUGAUUCAGUGAAACCUGCCAAACCUGUCUUUAACAGUGAAGGCAAAAUGGUAUUUUCCAAAUUCGAUUUUUCAAAUCUUGGAUCGAAGAAGGAGAAAAAACAGGAAAAGGACCCCAAAAAAUUAUUACAGAAACUAGAAAAACAGAAGGAGAAAAUUGAAGAAUUACAGGAGACUGGAGAUUUUGAGAAGGUUGCAGAAAUUAAGGAGAAAGAAGCGUGGAAAAAUGCCUUAGCUAAAACACAAGGAGAGAAAGUUAAAGAUGAUCCUAUGUUGCUGAAGAAAACGGUACACAGGCAAGAACAGAAGAAGAGGUCGAGUAAGAAGAAGUGGGAGAAGAGGCUGGAGAACGUGGAGAAGGGCAAAAGGGAGCGGCAGGAGAAGAGGAGUGAGAAUAUCGAGAAGAGGAAACAGGACAAGAAAAAGAAAAAGAUGAAAAAGGCGGUGAAGAAGGGGAAGAUUAUUCCUGGAUUUUAGGAUAUUAAAAUGUACAUUUUUUAUUAUGAAUAAUAAAAUGAUUAUAAAGUUA